AUCACAAAUCAAGCAUGGCGGACGAAGAUCUUCCCGCGGGAUGGGAGAAGCGGAUGAGCCGAUCCACAGGUCAGUAUUACUAUCUCAACACGUACACAAAGGCAAGUCAGUGGGAUCGACCAGCUAAAGCUGCUAAGCCAGUUCCUAGCAGUGGGCCUGAGCAGGUCCAAUGCUCGCACAUUCUAGUCAAGCACAAGGAUUCCCGUAGACCUUCAUCUUGGAGACAGGAUAAUAUAACGCGCCCUAAGGAAGAGGCUGCUCAGCUUUUGAAAGAGUAUCGGGAGAAGAUUGUUGCUGGUCAAGCAUCCUUUGCUGAGCUGGCUUCCAAGUACUCUGAUUGCAGCUCGGCCAAGCGUGGUGGUGAUUUGGGGUUGUUUGCACGGGGGGCCAUGCAGAAGCCCUUUGAAGAUGCUGCAUUUGCUCUGAAGGUCGGGGAGCUAAGUGAUUUUGUCUACACCGAUUCAGGAGUCCACAUCAUCAUGCGCACUGCUUGAAUCCACUGGGACAUUCUGCCCUCUGUGAUGUGAAAAUUUGGAACUGAGAGGGAGUUGUUUAUUGCCCUACCCCAUCAUGAGAUGCAUCAUGAAGCAACUGUUAUUGCAAUGGGUCUUCCUUGUUAAUGGAAAGAAAUCCAUUUUUUUUAAAGAAGGAAUUCUUGAACCAGAUCUGAACUGGUCUUCAUAGAAUCUUCUAGAAUCCUAUCUUCUUACCCUUAUGCUACUCUCUUAUAUUGAAUCCUGACCUAUGUUUCUGGUGUCCCUCAAGUCGAUGGCAUGAACUCAGAUGGGAGAUUCUGCUCUUAACAUAUAAAUAGACCUGAACUUCUUUUUCCCUAGCCUUCAAAUAAUUGGUUGUUAUGCACA